AUGGCUACUCACGAUAUCUCCUUCAGUUCAGCUUUUGUCUGCAAUGCUCUUCAUCAAAAGCCUGAGCAUUUUCUUUGCAACACCGUCUCCAAAGUGACGUCGGCUCAGGCUGUCACCGUCAGGCGCCGCUCCGCCAACUAUUGUCCGUCUCUCUGGGAUCAUCAGUAUCUUCUCUCACUUGAGAAUAUAUAUGCGAAAGAAGUUGAAUCAAUGGAGAAAGCUAAAUUGUUGAAGGAAGUGGUGAGGGAGACAUUAGUUAAGACUCAAGGUUCUCUUGAGCAGCUAGAGAUGAUCGAUUCAUUGCAAAGACUCGGAAUAUCUUAUCAUUAUAAACACGAAAUCCAUGUGAAAAGAAUUUAUGAGCAACACCACGAAAUUGGGAGGGAGUCACAAGAUCUCCAUGCGACAGCACUUGGCUUUUUCCUCCUAAGGCAACAUAGUUUUGAUGUCUCACAAGUGUUUGACGUCUUCAAAAGUGAAAAUGGAAUAUUCAGAAAGACUUUACCCAUCAAGGGUGUACUCUCUGUAUACGAAGCUUCUUAUUUUUCAAUGGAUUCAGAGUUUAAACUCAAGGAGGCUAGAAGUUUUGAAAAUGAGCGAUUAACCGAGUUUAUUGCGGAGAAUAGCACAACUAUUUUGGGGACAAAUGAAACUUAUAUCUUAGACAUGGUGAAACGAGCCCUAGUGAAUCCGUACCAUUGGAGCACUAGGAGAAAAGAAGCAAGAUGGUACAUAGUUGUGUACCAGAAAAAGCAUGAUAUGGAUCCACUCUUGCUAAAGUUUGCAGCACUUGAUUUCAAUAUUUUACAAGCAAAUCAUCAAGAAGAGCUUAAAUUAAUUUCGAGCUGGUGGAACAGCACAGAACUUAUGAAACAACUUGAUUUCGUAAGAGACCGAAUCACUGAGAGUUACUUUUGGACAAUUGGAAUAUUUUACGAGCCAGAGUUUAAAUACUACCGCAAGAUACUCACUAAAUUAUUCAUGUUGAUUGCGAUCAUGGAUGACAUCUACGAUAUAUAUGGUACAUUAGAGGAGCUCGAGAUUUUCACAAAUGUGGUCGAAAGAUGGGAUGUGAAUUUAGUCGAAAGACUUCCGGAAUACAUGCAAAUUUGUUUUCUAUUUCUAUACAAUGAGAUCAAUCAAAUUGGUUAUGAUGUUCUCAGAGACAAAGGACGUAACAUCAUCCCUUACCUCAAACAAGUUUGGACGGAUCUAUUCAAAGCGUUCCUAACCGAAGCGAAGUGGUACAAGACUGGACACAAACCAAGUUUUAACGAAUACAUGCAAAAUGGUUUGAUCUCGAGUUCUGUUCCAACGAUAUUGCUCCACCUUUUUUCUAUCCUCUGCGACCAGAUAUCCGACCAAAAUCUAACCGAUGUGUCUAUAAACCACCACUCUAUUGUCAGGAGCUCAGCCACCAUUCUCCGUCUCGCCAAUGACCUUGCCACCUCAACUGAAGAGAUGGCAAGAGGAGAUUCACCAAAGUCAGUCCAAUGCUACAUGUACGAGACAGGAGCCAAUGAGGAUGCGGCACGCGAACAGAUACAAAGUAUGAUCAUCGACUCGUGGGACGUCAUAAACUCCGCGGCACACACUUCUUCUCUUCCAAGUGGUUUCGUGGCAGCUGCCGCAAAUCUUAACCGCGUGGUACAAUGUAUAUACCAGCACGGUGAUGGCCACGGCUGUCCCGAGAAAGCCAAGACCGUUGAUCACAUCCAGUCCGUACUCUUCAAUCCCGUUCCAUUUCAGAUGUAA